AUGAAGGAGCUGAUAGAUCUCAAGUGGGAGAGGAAGAAGGGUGCGGGUCGGGAUUUGAAGGAAAUCGCAGGGGGGAAUCGGGUUCUGGGUUCGUUGAUGGGUGCUAGUCAUGGGGGAAUCGGAGAUGGAAAAAAUUGUUCUUUUCUAAAUCACGAGGGGAAAGAUCCUAACUCCCCUCAUAAAAUUGCUGAAAUAUCAUGUUUGGAUUUGAUGAAUCAAUCCCAGCAUAUACAGAAAGUCGUUGAGAAUUAUUCUUCCCAACAAAUUGCAGACAAUCGACUACGACUUAAGGCAACAAUUGAAGCAGUCAGGCGGCUUGCAUUCCAAGGAUGUGCUUUUAGAGGCCAUGAUGAAAAAAGGAAUUCAAUCAAUCGUGGAAAUUUUCUUCAAAUGUUAGAAAUAUUGGCUGCAUAUAAUGAAAAAGUUGCUGGAGUUAUCUUAGAUAAAGCUCCCAAAAAUGCCUCUUACACAUCACCACAUAUCCAAAAAGAAAUUUUACAUGUUUUUUCAACUACAGUGAAGAAAGCAAUCUGUGAAGAAAUUGGGGAAUCAAAGUUUUGUAUAAUUGUUGAUGAAGUGCGUGAUGAAUCUAAGAGAGAGCAAAUGGCUAUAGUGUUGCGAUUUGUUGACAAAGAAUGUCUUAUUCAGGAGCCUUUUUGGGCUUGUCAUGUAUCAAACGCUUAGGCAUUAACUCUGAAGAAAUUUAUAUACUCUAUAUUGUCUCAUAAUUCACUAAAUAUUCAAAAUAUUAGAGGACAAGGAUACGAUGGUGCAAGUAACAUGCGAGGUGAAUGGAAUGGGUUACAAGCUUUGAUUUUGAAUGAUUGCUCAUAUGCUUACUAUGUUCAUUGUUUAGCACAUCGAUUACAAUUGGCAUUAAUUGCAUCAUCAAGAGAAGUUAUUCAUGUUCACCACUUUUUCACUAAAUUGACUUCUAUUGUCAAUAUUGUUGGUGCUUCAUGCAAGCGUAAUGAAGAACUAAAAAAUGCUCAAGCUGCUGAAAUUGAGCACAUGAUUGCAAUUGAUGAGCUCGUGACUGGGAAAGGAGUGAACCAAAUUGGCACCUUACAACAUGCUGGUGAUACUCGUUUGAAAUCAAUUACUAGCUUGGUAAAUAUGUUUAGUGCAACAUGCACAGUUCUAAUUAAUAUAAUUGAUAACGGAACUACUUAUUCUCAACGAGGAGAUGCUGAUGCAGCUUAUGAGGCAAUGACUUCAUAUGAAUUUGUCUUUAUCUUACAUCUUAUGAAAGAACUUAUGGAGAUCACUAAUGAUCUUUGUCAAGCUUUGCAAUGUCAAUCCCAAGACAUCAUAAAUGCCAUGAAUCGUGUUUCUUCCACUAAAGCACUCAUCCAAGAAUUAAGAGAUGAUAGGUUUGAGAAGACAACUUCAACAUUUUGA